UGAGGUUUUGUUCAUAGUGUCGUUGAGAAAUAUGACUUGUAGGGAUCAACAUUGGUGAUUCCUCUUAUGUCCUAUGCUGUGAUUAGUUUAAUGGUUCUUUCCUUUUGAACUGUCGAAUGCAUUCAUCGUUAAUUUCCUCAACCGCUCAGCAUUUUCCAUUAGGUCUUGGCCUCGUCAUGAAUCCUCGUGGUUAUUAGCUCAAGAGAUGGACUAAUGGAAUUUGAGGCUCAAACCAUGUGUGGAAUGUUUCCAGUGGGACGUAUUCACCGGCUUUUGAAGUCGAGGGUGACAGCCAACGGACGAGUAGGUGCGACCGCCGCAGUAUAUUCUGCAGCUAUCCUCGAGUAUCUAACUGCCGAGGUUUUGGAGUUGGCCGGCAACGCAAGUAAGGAUCUGAAAGUGAAGCGCAUUACACCAAGACAUCUUCAGCUCGCAAUCCGUGGAGACGAAGAACUUGACACCCUCAUUAAGGGAACUAUAGCAGGGGGAGGUGUCAUUCCUCAUAUUCACAAGUCUCUCAUUAACAAGUCGUCCAAGGAGUAAGGUCUCUCGCGUGUUAGAAUCGACCUUGCAAAACGUGCAACUUUAUUGUAAAUUUGAGGAUAUUUUAUUUUGUGGAUAACUGAGCUUGAUACAAACUGCCUUCUGUGAUGAUUUUAGUAGUAAUCCCUAUUCGUAUAAACAGAUAUGCUUGGCUUGAUUCACUCUCCAUGUAAUUAUACGUAGUAGUAAUGGGUAAAACUGAAUGCCGGCGAUCUUUAUAUGCCGUUAAUCGUUAA